ACAGAGCUACCGCCUUUUGUCCGGGAGCCAUCUGGUCCUUUGAGGCAAGCAACGUCUUCCACCGAACUAGAGACACGACCAAAAAAAGGAAAAACAUCCAAGUGGUUUCGAGUUUCUGGGGCAGCCGGUGCACCUCCUAAAUACGCUUCGGGAGACUUGGCCGGCAAUAUCCUUCGAGGCUUGGUUCGUCCCGGACGCGCUUGGUAUACAACACGUAACCCAGCGCGGCAAGGACGCGGCAUCUUUACGGAUCACCUUGCAGAGAUCUCUGCGAACACCCCUCCAGUCACGCCCUGUUCCACUUCUCUUCGAGCAGCUGUUAUCUCUGGCACGACGGUUCAAAUCUCAAAAAAAUUUCAUGCUAGAAGCACCAAAAGCCCGCCCGGGCAACGUUUACGGAACGGGACAAGAUAGAAGCCCCGAGGCUUUCAUUGGCACGCCGAGUCCCAUGCGAGGGAACUUCAUAUCGGUUUCCAGUCCUGCGAGAUCUCGGUCCUCUUCACCAAAACGUUGCCAGCAAGAGGAAGACGGUGUUUACAUUCAUCUGAGUUUGACAGAUUCCCAAGUGGACACCCUCGCUACAGCGCUCUCUACACAGGUUACCCCUGAGCACAGACAACGAAACGUUCCAGAAGCGAUGGACGUCGCCGACUCUAUGCAGCGCCAUGUCAACGACACCAAGUUCGCUUCAACGUCGCGAUCGCGGUCGCGGUCGCCAGUGAAAUUCGAUGCCUCGUUCCAUUCAACCUCCCGGGGUAGAUCCAAGUCACGCGCCAAGUACAACGGCCGUGGCAGGGCUCGAAAGUUCGAAUUUGAGUCAAGUUUGGCCUCUACGGCCGAAUUCAGUUCAUUGUCUCCGACCAAGAAAACCGAUCGUCAAGCAUCGCCUUGCAAGCCCGUCCGGCAUAACAGCUCCCCAUCACUCGCCGAGCGCAGGAAUAGGUCUCGUCCCCCGCCGAUAGAUACGUGGCUGGCUCAGCGACACGCGAAUCCGAAGUCGCACACGAACGGGCAUCGCCCAAUUAUAGUCCAAGUGCCCCCUCGCCCCUCACAACCUGAGCAAGCCCAGCCCAGCACACCUCCAACACGGAGGAUUAUGGAGGAUGAUAGCGCUGAUUAUGAGUCGUCUUCGUUCUAUUCGUACGAGGGAGGAAAGGCCUCUUCCCUCCUCUACAUCAGCCCACUCCACGUGCGCAAGGCGUUGGAAUCGCCACAGCAUCCUCACGUCCUACGGGACUACAGCAACUGGAAGAACGCUGCAACCCCUAGAGUCUUGCCAGAUGCAUCUCCCAAUGGGCCCCUGAGUGCUCACCCACCAGAGCAGGCUGAUGCGUUGCCGCCACAGAUACAACGGGGCUUGAUGCACGCCCAACCCACCUACUCGCCCUUGACCCCUUUCUUCUCGACGAAAGACAUGCCUGCCUCCAAGACGGCCAAGAAGAUCAUGAUUGGGGAUAACGGUUGGCUUGAACGUACGACAACUUCGCCCGAGAAGAAACCUUCGCCAGCCAAGAAAGGUGGAUUCCUCGAUAAUCUGAAGAAGAAGGCCAAAGAAAUGGUCGACAUGGGCGAUCUGAAAGCUGCUCGCCGCACUCGAGAUUCCGAGAAAGAGCGAGAUACUUCGCGAAACCGCCUCGCAGUCUCGGUCGACCCCCGGGAGCAGAGCCUAUUGUAUUGCGAGCUGGAGUUUGCCUUGACCAACGCCCUCAACAACUACAUAACCUGCCAAUUCAACGCGGGGCUCCUCGAAGCCGACAAGCUGAAGAAGAUUGCAGACGGCUGGCAGCAAAAGGGCCGGCCCAAGGUCGUAGGCUUCCGCUACGACCUCGAGACGCAGCUCGAGCUGGUGCGCCUGCACGCGGCCCAGUUCCGGUUCUACAGCCGCUCCAUCACGAUCGCGGCGCUGAACGGGAACCUCGAGAUGAUGAAGGUGAACGCCAGGGCGAUCCGGAUCCGCACCUUCUGCCAGCCCGACACCGUCAUCGCCAAGCAACUCCUCGAUGCGCAGGGCCUCUUCAACAUCCUAGGGUGCUCGGAGCGGGAGCAGAUCCAGCUGGCCGAGAUCGUCCAGUUCUUCAAGACCGUGCUGGAGCGGGAGCGCUUCUUCCAGGCGAAGCGCGCGGAUCGCGAUUCCGCCGUCUCGGGACGCGGCCAGGGUCAGCGGCAGUCUGACCACGACGAACUUUACGGGCAGCAGCGCGAGUCGCAUCGUGGAGGCGGACAGCAGGCCUCGUUCGACGAUGACCUCGAGGACGAGUAGUUCAACUAACCACAGUCACACCAUGCUCACCCCGGUCAGGGUAUCAUCCCCUGCCGAGUAAUAGCAUCAGCACGUGUGCUUCUAGGUUGCUGGGCCUGAGGUGUUGGCGCCUUUGAACAUUAUUUCAUGGC